AUUCCCGCAUGGCGAUUGGCUCUUCAUGAAUGAAAGGCAGUUCUGUGCUCCGCCCUAGCCGUCCGCUGCGCUGCCUUGGUCGGCGCCGUUUCCAGUUGAGAGAUGGCGGCCGCCGCAGGUAGAUCGCUCCUGCUGCUUCUCUCCUCACGGGGCGGCGGCGGGGGAGCAGGCGGCUGCGGAGCGCUGACUGUCGGCUGCUUCCCGGGGCUGAGCGUCAGCCGACACCGACAGCAGCAGCAGCACCACCGGACGGUGCACCAGAGGCUCCCAUCCUGGCAGAACCUAGGAGCUGUUUACUGCAGUACUGUUGUGCCCUCUGAUGAUGUGACAGUGGUUUAUCAAAAUGGGUUACCAGUGAUAUCUGUGCGGCUACCAUCUCGGCGUGAACGUUGCCAAUUCACUCUCAAACCUAUCUCUGACUCUGUUGGUGUAUUUUUACGACAACUGCAGGAAGAGGAUCGAGGAAUUGACAGAGUGGCAAUCUAUUCUCCAGAUGGCGUUCGUGUUGCUGCCUCCACGGGGAUAGAUCUCCUCCUCCUCGAUGACUUUAAGCUGGUCAUUAACGACAUAACAUAUCAUGUACGGCCCCCAAAAAGAGACCUCUUAAGCCAUGAAAAUGCAGCAACGCUGAACGAUGUGAAGACACUGGUCCAGCAACUCUAUACCACGCUGUGCAUCGAGCAGCACCAGUUAAACAAGGAAAGGGAGCUUAUUGAGAGACUAGAGGUCCUCAAAGAGCAGCUUGCUCCCCUGGAGAAGGAAUAUGUUUAUCCAGAAGCCAGAGACAGACAGUACUUACUAUUUUUCCAUAAAGGAGCCAAAAAAUCACGUUUUGACCUAGAGAAAUACAACCAACUCAAGGAUGCAAUUGCUCAGGCAGAAAUGGACCUUAAGAGACUGAGAGACCCAUUACAAGUGCAUCUGCCCCUCCGACAGAUUGGUGAGAAAGACUGAUUGCAAAGAGCCUAUGGAUCCCGGUGGAAAGAACGCCUGUUUAUAACUCUCGCCUUUUUAAUUAAAGCAUUGCAGGUGGACCCUGGGAGCCAUGUGAGAGUAGAGGGUUUUUACCUUUAAUUAUAAAACAAAUACAAAAGGGAUCUUGGGAAAGAGAGCACCAGGCAUUGUGGAAUGUAAGCUCCAAGGGCUUAGUGAACCCUGUCUUAAUCAAGCACCUCAGUCUCUGAAUGAAAUGAUGCAGUUACAUAGCUGAGACUAAAAAUAAAUGAUGCCGGGCUGUUCACCUGCAUCUCCUUCACAGAAUCAGUAAAACAGUCACACACACCAGCACCCUACUCAACUCUAUUGUUUUUUAAUUUAACAUUUCUUAUUUUUUGACAUAGGAGUAAAUGAUAUUCCAGAAAAGGAAAUUCUCAUAAAUGUAGGUGGCAAACAGAGUCUGUGCCCAUGUAAUUCACAUUUGUUUUUUAGUUGGGCUCAGUCUCUAAAAAGUUGCUAGGAAUUUCUUCCUCCUCUCCAUCCCACAACCCCUUUACUAACCUCUGUCCUGUCAGUCGCACUAACUUUAUCCAAAUGAUCAUUGGAACCAAUUUAUGACUGUUUGAUUAUUGAUACUUGGAUUGUCCCCAAUACCUUCCUAAGAUGUAUGCAUAUCCCAAUGCUCUAGAUCAGUAUCUAGAAAUCAUUGGCAAUACUGCAUGAAGUUUUUUGGGGUUUUUUGUUGUUGUUUUGUUUUUUGUUUUGUUUUUGUCAGUCGUGGGGCUUGA